CAUGGUCAUAUCAGAUGAAUGAAAGGUAGCGAAGGAUUGACAAUACUAGAGGUUCGUUCUGACAUUUUGGGCAACAGAAUUGCGUGGAUUACGUGCGUGUUGUCCUACCAUGAAGUUUGAUGAAGAAAGUGACCGGAAUAUCAAGGCUACUACAAGAUAUUGCACAAACAACAUGAUUAAGAUGGAUGCUGGAAUGGCAUUGGAGAGAGUUCUAAUCAGCGCCAAGUUAGAAGGACGCAUCACCUAUGGAGUAUACCAGUCUGUCAGAAAACUUGGAAUCAUUGAUCCACAGAGAGUGAUGGUAUGUCUUCAUGCAGAUGAUAAUGCUGAUGAGGAUGUUGCUCUUCAUAUUCACUUUACAUUGAUGGAAGCUUUCUGUAGAGAAAACAGCAUCAGGCUAAUCAAGGUUGACUGUCAUGAGAGAUUGGCUAGGCUACUCGGAGACACUCACCCCACCCCAGCAGCUGUAGACAACAACCCUACCCCUCCUGCACCCACUAGAGUCAACACUGAGGACUUUGUUUGCCUUCUUGUCGAUUUUCCAAAGGAGCUAGAUGACGACGAUUACUGUUUCCUGGAACUCUACCAUACCUUGGCCCAAGAAAUGCCAUUUCCACGUAUCUCAGUGGCGGCUUGAAAGAAGCCAGGCAAAAAAGGAAAACUCUUUUAUCAACCUCAGAGUGCGGUGUGUUCAAUCAUACCCUCUGAAUGGUUGAUUAAAAACUGAUGAAUAUGUACAGCUAGGCUGUAUGCCCCGAUUACCCGCAAUGUGGCGGACGUUAUUUGGUAGAGAUGGACUAACUCUCUCAUUUAGCGUCUAACAUUCGGCAGGAAGGGGGUAUCAGUGAUUACAUGGAAUUCAGCAAUUGUAUACUUCUAAUGUACAUCUGCUCCGAGGCCUGUAUGCUUCGCUGUUUUGAAAGGGCAAGGGCACCAAGGCCAUUUCACCUUGGCAAAGGGCACCUUAUGA